CCCAGCUCGGUACAAUACGUGGGACAGCGUUAGCUGCAAAGUAUCUUUGCAUCCAGAAUUCCAGCAGCUGAAUAAGUACAUUAACUGACUGCAGCUUUGAUAGGGUGCAUUCCUUUUAAAAGAUGUUUUCACCUCUGAUGUGGGGGUAAUACAAUGGACAGCGGCCAGUUACAAGCACGUGUUCCUACUGUUUUUUUUUCCAGGCUCAGAAAUCCUCUGAAAGAAUGAACAACGCGAGCGUGCCGGUUUACCGAGUGGAAGCAUUCCUGCUCAACGGUGUUCCCGGUCUCGAGGAGUACCAGUCGGCGCUGUUUGCGGUGUUCCUGCUCGUGUAUUUGGUGACGUUCGCCGGGAAUCUUCUCAUCGUUAUCCUGGUGAUUCAGGACCGCAGCCUUCACACCCCAAUGUACUUUUUUCUUUGCAAUCUAUCAUUUGUCGACAUAAUAAUUCCAACUGCUAUCAUACCGAAACUGUUAGCUGUGUUAGUCGCAAAUGACAAAUAUAUUUCCUUUGCCGGCUGCUUUGUGCAAAUGUACACAGUCAUUGCAUUCGGAAGUACGGAAUGGUUUCUUUUGGUUGUCAUGUCCUACGACAGAUACGUUGCCAUAGUAAAGCCGCUACACUACCACGUGAUCAUCAGUCCCGGGGCCUGCGUGGUACUGGCCGGGGCUGCCUGGGGGCUGGGGCUGCUGGUGCCCCUACCAGCAAUCUUUAUGGCGACUAAGCAACCAUAUUGUGGUUCAAACAAAAUUUUGUACUGUUUCUGCGAUUAUUCACCAGUAGUUACACUGGCAUGUGCCGAUGUUACAAAUGCCAUCAACAUUGCGUUUGUUUUUGCAAUGUUAGUAAUUAAUAUAUCCUUUUUUGUUGUACUCUGGACUUAUUUCAGAAUACUAACAGUUAUCCUAAAGAUGACAGCUGAUGACCGUCGCAAGGCUUUCUCAACCUGCUCCUCCCACUUGUCGGUUGUGGUGACUUAUUUUUUGUCCACGGCCUUAGUGUAUAUAGCUGUUAAAAUAGGGACUAUCCCAGAGUAUUCCCGGGUGAUUAUCGGGGUGUUCUAUUAUUUCUUAACCCCCAUGUUGAACCCUAUCAUUUAUACUUUAAGGAAUGAAAAAAUUAAAUUGGCUGCUCAAAAGUAUCUGAGAUUAAAUUUGGGAUUCAAAGCUGUGUUUCCACAAAGGGUGCAUAGUGUUACUGUUUCUAGUUUAAAAGAAUGAUAAAUACAUGUUGCGAUUUUAACUUUCAGAGAACACAAACAAAAAGCAGAGAAAAGCCGCUCUGCCAUCAGACAUUUCUGUUCUGGCUACACAUACGGGUCCUGAGAUUAUUUUCAUUAAAAUAUUUUGCAUGUAUUUUAUUGAAGUUUACUUUGCCCAGUUCUUAGAAGAUAAGAUGCACACUAUAAUAGGUGCAGCUCUUGCACAGAAUACGAAAACCCCAGUAUAAUAUUAUAACCUUUGUGAGUCAUUCAGCCUAUAGACACACACAGAAAUUCCUGAAAGAGUGUGUCUUAUGGAUGCACACAGAAAACUCCAAACUUACAAUUUCCAUGUUUUUAAGUGAGACAUUUUUUUUAAUGAAAUAAGAAACACAAUGCAAUCAAAUACUCAAAUACACAGCCAUUGACUCAUUGUGUGAUCCUGAGCAAGUCACUUAACCUCCUUGUGCUCCGUCUUUCGGUUGAGACGUAGUUGUAAGUGACUCUGCAGCUGAUGCAUUGUUCACACACCCUAGUCUCUGUAAGUCGCCUUGGAUAAAGUCGUCUGCUAAAUAAACAAAUAAUAAUAAUAAUAAUAAUAAUACAAGAAAAAUAAAUAAAUAGAAAUGAGAAAAUGACAUGAUAGGAAUAGAACUGUGUAAAACGUCUGUGUAAAAAGAACUGUGUUAAUCAUUGUAUUUUUCUCAGUCCUCUCCCGUUCUUUAUGAGGUGUGGACACUGCACUCCAUCACACACUAUUGUUACUGUUUGCUGUAUUUGUAGAAAUGAAGCAAAGCCAUGUAAGUAGAAAAGAGGAAAAACAUACGUACUUUCAAGGUCACGUGACCUUCCCCUGUUUCAUAGCAAACAAAAGGGAAUGUUUGAUGUGUGAAUAGAAGCUUGUAGAUAUAUGUACAUGGUUCAAAGCUUGUAGGUAUAUGUACAUGGUUCAAAGCUUGUAGAUAUAUGUACAUGGUUCAAAGCUUGUAGAUAUAUGUACAUGGUUCAAUGGUCUUGUUGUUGUUUAUUUAAAAUAAUAAAAAUGAUUAUGCAUGGAUGGCAGAUUUUGUUUUAGUUUUGUUUGAAUUAUUGUUUUAUAUCUGUGAUUUAAAAUGCACUGUUUUUGUUGUUGUUGGGUUUUUCCAUUAAUAAAACAUGUACUGUUGUUUAAGUGUCCUGCCCGGGUGUGGUAGAGAGCUAGGGAACACUUUACAUGAAGGGUCUCUAAUUACUGUGGAUUCACAGUAAGUACCUGUGUAUGUACACACAAUUGCAAUGGUAUUGUGCAUAGUUACAAAGCACUUCAUGUGUUUGCAUUGAA